AUAAAAAAUCUUAUUGGUUGGACGCGAAUGUCAAUAAAAAUGGCUGCAGUAGAGUAGUGGUUACAGCACUACUGGGAAGGCAUGUAGAUAAAAUUAGGUUAAAUUUUCUUUAUCUUGGCACCGCACACGAUUACAAGAGACAUGAAUUUAGGAACCACCAAUCCAUACAAUAAUGGGCUCCUGUAUGCGGGUUUCAAUCAGGACCAAGGAUGCUUUGCAUGCGGAAUGGAGAAUGGUUUUCGAGUGUAUAACUGUGAUCCACUAAAAGAAAAAGAACGACAAGAUUUUUCUGAAGGUGGUCUUGGUUAUGUUGAAAUGCUGUUCCGGUGCAAUUAUUUGGCGCUUGUCGGAGGUGGACCCCGGCCGCUCUACCCUCCGAACAGAGUGAUGAUAUGGGAUGAUUUGAAGAAGUCACCUGUCAUUGCGAUGGAAUUCAAUGCACCUGUCCGAGGAGUACGUCUCAGGAGAGAUAGAAUUGUCGUUAUACUGGAAGGUGUAAUCAAAGUCUACACAUUCACAGCAAAUCCACAACAGCUACACGUGUUUGAAACUAAUCCAAAUCCUAAGGGUCUCUGUGUGCUUUGUCCCAAUAGCAAUAACUCUCUACUUGCCUUUCCUGGUCGGCAUUCAGGACAGGUCCAGUUAGUUGAUUUGGCGAACACUGAGAGAGCUCCACUGGACAUAGCAGCCCAUGAAGCACCUCUCAGUUGUAUUGCUCUCAAUCUCCAGGGCACACGUCUUGCCACAGCAUCUGAGAAGGGAACAUUAAUCCGUGUGUUCGAUACAUCUACUGGGUUGAUGAUAAAUGAACUUCGUAGAGGGGCACACACUGCUAACAUUUACUGUAUAAACUUCAACCAUGAUUCCACAUGUCUUUGUGUGGCAAGUGAUCAUGGGACAGUACAUAUAUUUGCAGUUGAAGAUCAGAAACUGAAUAAGCAGUCCAGCUUGGCGUCUGCUACAUUUUUACCAAAGUACUUCAGUUCAAGCUGGAGUUUCUGCAAAUUCCAAGUUCCAGGUGGUCCUCAAUGUAUGUGUGCAUUUGGUUCAGACAACAACUCAGUCAUAGUUGUGUGUGCAGAUGGCAGUUACUACAAGUUCCUGUUCAACAACAAGGGUGAAUGCUCUAGAGAUGUAUAUGCACAAUAUUUAGAAAUGACAGAUGAUAAAUUGUAACAUAAGUACCAUGAGCACUUCAUCAAUAUUGUGAAAAGUCAGGUGCAUUCAGACUGUGAUUGUGAAUGAGCUCAUCAGUUGUGAGUAAUAUUUCUAUGUGAUAAUGUGGCUACUUCAGCAAUCAGGUGCACUGAAUAGUUAUGUAGGUUUCCCAGUCUCUCUCUCUUUCACCUGAUGGACAAGCAAGCAUUUAUGUUCCUUAGUUCCCAAUUAUCAGAGUGUGUGUGGUUUUUAAGUGGUAUUAUUUUAUAGCCUGGAAGAAAACUGCAUUCCAUUGUGCUGCAGCUG